UGUUGAGCUUUUUAGUUUUAGGUGAGUUUGAGUAACUUUCUCCUUUCUUGUAAAUACUUUAUGCCUUUUUUCCCAUGCUCUCACCAGGAUCACCACAUCUAUGUCUAUAUAUCUGUAUAGUUAUUUUUAAAAUUCGAGGAUGAUCAUUUAUAGUUCAGGGUUAAAGACACCCCACUGUGGGAACCGAUGAUGUGAAAGCUUUUUGUAGAACAGAUAGGUUUUGCAGAUUGGUAUCAUCAGCAUGACAGUUCUUCUUUCCUUUCCCUUGUUCCCUAGGAGACUCUAUUGCUGAAAAUGUAAUUAGGCUAUUGCUAUACUUUUCAGUCCAUCAACUUCUAUUGCAACUGAAAUGAAACCUGCUACAUGUUACGAGAUGGCCACUUGAGGGAACUCUGCUGUUUCUAAAGCAUUUGAAAAUUUCCAGCAGGAAUCAGAAUGUUUGAAAUUUACCACUGUCGAAGACAAAUAAAAUAUAGCAAAGAUAAGAUGUGGUAUUUGGCAAAAUUGAUACGAGGAAUGUCUAUUGACCAGGCUUUGGCUCAAUUGGAAUUCAGUGAUAAAAAAGGGGCCCAAAUAAUUAAAGAGAUUCUCUUAGAAGCACAAGAUAUGGCUGUGAGAGACCACAAUGUUGAAUUCAGAUCCAAUUUGUACAUAGCUGAGUCCACCUCAGGGCGAGGCCAGGGCCUGAAACGGAUCCGCUACCAUGGCAGAGGUCGCUGUGGCAUCAUGGAAAAGGUCUAUUGCCAUUACUUUGUGAAGCUGGUGGAAGGACCCCCACCUCCGCCUGAGGCCCCCAAGACAGCAGUCUCCCACGCAAAGGAGUAUAUUCAACAGCUUCGCAACCGGACCAUCAUUCACACUCUCUGAUGGAUUCAAAUUCCACGGUGCAUAUGUGUUGCCGUUUAUUUUUAAAAAUAAAAGAA